AUGAUACGUGGAAAACACCAACAUCUUGCAUCGCCAUCGGAAGUGGCUAAAGUAAAUCGUCUUCGCUCCUUUGGUCAUAUAUUAAGGAGACCGGCAGAUCGCCCUGUUCAACGAACUGAGGCGGUGAAAAAGGACCUGAGGACACUCGGCGUGGAUAGGCAGUUCAGGCGAGACGUACGGUUUCGCAGAAUAUGGAAUAUCGACGAAUGGAUUGAUUCUGUGCAAGCUUUCGCAGAAGAUCGAGAAGGUUGGGCAGAGCUGUGUUCAAGGACGGCACACCUCGGCGAAGAUGCGGGUAAUCGCGUCAGGCGAUGA